AUGGUAAAAGAAUCCAUUGAUGAAGGAUUCCAAAAGUUAGAUGGAAGAAUGAACAGUAUAGAGAAACAGUUAACAGAUAUGGAAAAAAAGAUUACUCAAGCACAAACUGAAGACCCAAAAACGAAGAGGAAUACUCACAUCUUGGAUCUUACUGACACCAGGAGAGUGACAAAAGGCAAGGAGAUCUUGCAAAAACACUACGAUCUACUACAAGACAUACAACCAUCCACUGAACAGAGUAUUCAUUUAAUGAGUGAAGUUACUACAGGAAGUGAAACUACUAUGAGUACAAACGGGGAAAGGAAACUAUCUUCUUUCUACACUAAAGACUUAGAUGCUUUCAAUCCUAAAUUUCAAAUUUCAACAUACAUCAGUAUUCUAGAACGUGCAAUGAGAAGAGAUCACAUAGAAGAGGAGGAUGAGAAAGUAGAUAUAUUAUGUUUGAAGAUGCCACCUUACAUUUAUGAAAGAAUCUCGGACAUUACUGACUAUGAAAAGAUGAAAGAAUUUCUAGUAAAGAAUUAUGAUUCAAAGAUUACGAAAAAAUCCGCGCAAGCCAAACUCAGGGUAGCAAAGGUUAACUUGAAGAACUUGGAGGAAAGUUUGAGAGAGAUUGGGAAACUGGUAGAGCAGGCUAAUCCUGAACUCAAAGGAGAUUCUCUUUUGAACCAACAAGUUAACGACUGUACUUCUCGUCUUCAUGCUGAUGAUAAAUUAUAG